CUGCCACCCACUGCGCUGUUGCGUUUCUCUCCUGUACUGCUCCUGUACUUACGCAUCCACUCGCAGGCUCUCAAAAGCCAUCCGAACCCAUACCAACCUCUUGGCUUUGUUCAGUUCAUCCGCCUCAUAUUCACAAUGCCUGUCCGCGGCUCCGACAUUUGCUUGAUCCUGAUUGCUAUCAUUUUCCCGCCUGCAGCGGCGGCGAUGAUCACGGGCUGUAGCUGUGACCUCCUCAUCAAUAUCUGUUUGACGAUCCUUGGAUACCUCCCUGGUCACCUUCAUGCCUUCUGGUUGAUCUACAAGAAGAUGCAGGCCGAAGAGCGGUAUGGUCGCGGUGGCUUCCGUUACAUCGGAAGCGGUCAGUACGAGCCCCUCUACGACCAGUCAAGUGCUGUGCCUCCACCUGGCGUCAACUAUGGUGCCACGGACGGGGCAUACGUGCGGUAAAGGCGUGGCCCACAUGUCGCAUUGGAUACCACCUGAUUUGAACAUUAUUGGACGACCUGUUCUUCUCUCUGGACAUCGAUAUUCUUGACGUUGUAUGCCAUAUUCUCGAUGAGUCAUCGCCCUUGCAGUUGAAUGUAAUCUAUCUGGACCCCGGAAUUCGUGCGCAACGUGCAUGCGCACUCUCCGGACGCAGUCUGGCUACGCGGUCGGAUAGACUGCGGCUGGCUUCCGUGUGAGUGGG